AUGCGAUCCAGCAUCGCCUGCGCUCGAUGCCGACGCAGUAAGAUCAAAUGCGUCAACUCCGGCAUCGACACCACCUGCCGCGCAUGCGAAUCCUCCGGCCGAGAAUGUGUCUAUCCGACCCCCGCGAUUGGCGUGAGCGGUGCCAAACGGGAUUUGGCCGCCCUGGCUGAGGGCGACGAUCGAAAUGGAGAUUGGGAUGGUCCUAAACGACAUCGCUCGCGCAAGAUGAUCGGUGCUUCGGGCACCCCUGGGGCUUCCAAGGCCGGUCUGGAUGCCCUCGACUCGUCCAUCCUCACGACCAAGGUCUGGGAGGCCGUCUUUGACUUGUUUCAGUCGCACUUCGCCACGCUUCUACCUUUCCUCCACCCAGCAACCUUCUUGGGUCAGAUUCGACAGCUCUCAACGCCGGCACCGCCCCCGGCCGUGGCGCCAUUGGAUGGGCACGAUGCACCCCGGCUGCCCGGGUCCAGGUCGGACCCGUCGUCCUCCUUGAUUCCUCUCGGGGUCCUGGCCCUAACGGCUCGCUUUCAUCCACCCUUGGUCGCAGCGCACUCCACCGCCUCCCCUGGUCACCCAUCCAACCCCCUCGCGGCAUCCGAAUACUAUGCGACAGCUUUGCGCAGCCGGCUGGCCGGCCUCGAUGGCGCGAGCCUCGCGGUCCCGGAUCUGGCUCGGGUUCAGGCCCUCUUGAUGCUGGCCCUGCAUGAGUGGGGUAUGUGCCGCGGCAAGAGCGCUUGGCUGUAUGUGGGUAUGGCUAUCCGCCUAGCACAGGCCAUGGGUCUUCCAUUCGAACUUGAGAACGAGUUCCCGCCCCGCGAUCUUUCUCGAUCAUCGCCAGGCCUCAAGACCGAGGCGGAUCACUUUGGAUUGACAUCGCGCCGUGUUGAGCCCAAGGAGCAGACUUCAGACGACAUCAUUUCUCAGGAGACCAAACGCCGAACAUUUUGGGCUUGUUUCAUCCUAGACCGUUGUCUGAGCAGUGGCAAGUAUCGCCCUCGUAUGAUUCGCGUCAAAGAUCUUGGGAUCCAGCUCCCGAGUGACAACGCCUUUGCCUUUGGUGAGCGCGUACGGACUGCUCGUCUGAACGAGCCUACUGUUCGUCGCCCACAAAGCUUUGGCUCCCAGGGUGUGCAGAUCCCGAGCAUCCGUCAAAGCUUUAGUGGGUUCGGGGACGAGAAACUUCCUGCUGCCAAUGGUACUCCAGAUGGCAAAGCCUGGUCACCGAUCUCACGUCGCAAGGAUUCCAGCGAGGACGAUGUGGAUCGAUGGGAGGUUGGUGCUGAGGAGUCGGUUCUUAGCCGAGUAAUUCGCAUCAUCCGUAUUUGGGGAAGCAUUGCGAAGUGGUCGUGUGCCGGUGGCCGGCGAACCGAGCAAUAUCCGCCAUGGCACCCAGAAUCACGCUUCGCAUCUCUACGCAUGCAACUCAAUGAGUUCCAAGACAGCCUCUCCCGCAACCUGCAGUACUCUCUACGAAAUACCGACACUCACAUUAUGUAUAAGACAACUUUGGCGUCUUAUACAGUGAUGCAUGCCGUCUAUUUCUUGUCUGUCAUCGUUCUACAUCGUGCCUAUGUACCCUUCUUACCUCUCCGCUGCAAUGAACCUGUUGGUCCUUUGGACGAACCGUUAUUCCCUUCCGAUAAAGUCAACGGCCCUCCUGAGACUUUUUGGAGGGAUAGUGCUCGCGAUUUGUUCAAGGCUGCUCGACAGAUGAUCGAUCUCGUGGUCACUUGCCAAGGCCGCGGUGCCCUUGUUGAGAAUCCCCUUGUCGGUUUCGCCAUCUAUAAUGCUGCCUUCAUUGGCGUUUAUGGCUCUCACUUCACUCACAUGGAUCCAGAUGGUCUCAUGGGGGCCAAAGCCCCACCGGCAAGUCAUGACAGCCAUCAAAUGGGUACAUCCCAAGCCCGGAAAGCACUUGAUAUUUUGCGAGAGAUGCGCCCACGCUUGAGGAUGGCAACUGGGUGGUUCCGUACUCUGAAUCGCCUGCACAGCUAUUUCUCGAAAGUCAAGCGUGAAUUCCGUCGGUACUCUCGUAACCGUUUGGACAGCAUGUCUGAUGCCUCGGAGCAUGCUGCCUCGAACGGAGUACGGCCAAUUCGUGAAGGCGGUUUGGGCGGCGGUUUGGAGGAGUUCAAGCUCCUUGAAAAGCUUUUCCUGGACUUUGGAAGUCUUGAGGAUCAGCUGCCGGAUUCUGUGGAUGAUGAUGGCACCGCUAUCACCGUGUCUGGUGAGCCGAUGCUAGACCGCGCAACCAAUCUUAGCGACGCCGGAAGCAAUGCUGUGAAGAGUGAGAUUGGCGAUACGAGCGAGCACGACGGUGCUGGUGGCCGACGUGAAUCCUGGGUCCCUGUCAACAGCCCUGGUCUGCCUCUACCUGGCCACGACGGAGAUCGCCGCCCAAGUCUCCCUCUUCCAACCACUCGCCCCAUGCCCUCACAAUCUCCCUACUCCCUGCCAUCGUUACAACAGCACCACCCAGAUGGUCCGAUGUACACUUCAUCCCCUCCCAACCUGCCUUCCAUUGCUGCGACUACCCAGUCUCCGUCACAGUAUCUCACUGCGACAAGCAAUCGCCUGCAGCCUAUCAAUUCAUGGCUCCCGUCUCGUCCCUCGGCGCCGCCACCACCAUAUUCGCAAUCCCUGCCACCUAUCAACGCCACAGCAUCGCAUAAUGUCCCCGUGCUCCCACCACCAGGCUCGGUCACCCAGCUUGCUCCAUCUCCGCCUUUGACCUCAACCGAAGGCCCGGAUAGCAGUCUCCUGUCAUCUAGUCUGGGCGGGGAUGAUGUGCUCGCUUUCUUGGAUGGAUGCGAGUGGGCACAACUAUCCCUCAAUGCACCAUCGGAGAUCGGCAUUCCCGUCGGUUGGCUAAGCACCGUUUGGAGCCAGUUCAGUCGUUAA